AUGGCUCGCGUCGCUGGACGGGCAGAGCCGGCGGAAUGCCGAGAGAACGACGCGGAGGAAGCACUGGCGCGCCAUGCUCCACCAACGCUCUUCCUGCCACACAGUGCGAGCGACACCGCAGUGAGAAGUCUGAAGGCGAAAGUCGAGAUCUUCAGAGAAAAGAAGACGACCCGGAAAUCUUUCGAGGGCGUCGCUGGAGCUUCGGCCUCCCAUAUAGAGGCUGCCUCCGCGAAACUCGUCGCCACGCAAGAGAACUUGGAAGACUCCGCAGAGUCAAGUGGAAUGUCUGAAGACAGAAACGAAACGGAAGACUUGCUUGCCCCGGCUCUGGUGUUCUCUGCGCCUCAUCGACACGUCCUUUCCUCGUGUAUUUUAUUUCCUCGCUUCUCGCGGAACGAAGGAACUCUGAACAACCACGCCAACACAGAUGCUACCGCAGAAACUCCUGCGAUGCUUGUCUGA